AUGCGCCGGGUGCUGUUGGACACGCGACGCGCCGGCCUCCCGCUGUUGUGUGGCUAUCGCCGCUCCUCCGACAAAAGCGAGGGCACCGCGCCGCGCGGUGAUGACCGCGCGCCCGUCGCUGACGCAUCGAAGCCGUCGGCGGCCGGGGCGAAGGAAGAGUACACCAUUCCCACCGCCGACAUCCUGCGGGCGGUGAAGCAGCGGGACUUCAACGCCUUUCAGUCGCACGCGGUGGAGAUUGUGCAGCACACGUGGAAGGAGGAGCACAGCAUCCCGGCAGUCUGUCUGAUCUUCUUUCUUCUCACGUGGUAUUGGGCGUCGAGCUCGCGCCGCCGCAUCGUGCGUUCCUGCAGGGCGACUGAGGCAAGGGUGAAGGAGGAGGCGGACCAGACGCUUGAGCUGGUGGGCACACUCGUGCGGAAGUGGCGGCACGACGUUCAGAAGGCAGACCAGCAGCUGCAGCUGAUUCUUGACAAGAAUAGUGAGCUAACUAAGGACAUUGACCGCAUGACGGCUGCGCUGCGGCAGUGCUAUGUGAAAGUGCCCGCAGCUAAAGGAGGGCCAGCAAAGGUGGGGGCACCGGAGUAG